CCAAUGAGAGCCCGAGGGGGGCGUGGCCUAAGGCGGAAGAUGGCGGCGUGGGCAAGGAUCGGGGCCCUGAGCGGAGCCGCAGCCAUGGCGGCCGCGGCCUAUGGGUCACAUGGCUUCCGCCGCAGUGACCGCGAUGAGUACCAGAAAGAGCUCUAUGACGUCGCCAACAGACACCAUCUCCUGCACAGUUUGGCUCUUUUGGGGGUUCCCCAUUGCCGGAGGCCCAACCUGGCCGGCUCCCUCCUGACCUUCGGCCUCAGCCUCUUCUGCCUCCCCCUUUACUACAAUGGGGUCAGUGGAGACCCUGCCCUGAACAGAGCAGCCCCCAUAGGAGGGACCCUCCUCAUCCUCGGCUGGGCGGCCAUGGCCCUAUGAGACCCGCGAGCCGCUAUGGGCAUCACAUGACCCGCUAUGGGGCGCUAUGGGCAUCACCUG